AUCACGGAAUGUCGAAUCGUCCAAUGGUUUGUGAAACCAGGAGAUAAAGUGAGCCAAUUCGACGCCAUUUGUGAAGUUCAAUCCGACAAAGCUUCGGUUGAGUACUUGAAGAUUACAUCUCGAUAUGAUGGAGUCAUUUCCAGUCUUUACCACGAGGUAGAUGAGAUGGCUGAGGUGGGAAAGCCACUUCUCGACAUUGACGUCGAGGUAGAUCCUUCCGAGAUAGACACAACAGCAACGCAACUCCCAGCCGAGACUGUCUCUGACGACCAAGGCAAUGUGAAAGACAGCAUUUCGGAAGUCUCAGUCAUCACUGAUACACAGCCACCAGUGCCUACUACAAUUGAUGGGUCGGAGACCAGAAACUCUGGACUUGUUGUGCCCGCUGUGAGAGCCAUGAUCAAGCAGCAUGCGAUUGAUCUCAAAUACAUCAUUGGAAGUGGGAAAGGUGGGAGAGUACUGAAAGAGGAUGUACAGCAUUAUCUUGCUUCAAAAAGUGAAUCUUCAACUCCACUUUCCUCAAAUCCUGUUAUUCGGGCCAAUGCUCCAACGCAAGACAAAGUUGUUCCUUUGACACCGAUCGAGAUGCACAUGUUCAAAGCCAUGACUCGUGCACUCAGUAUCCCGCACUUUGGAUACUGUCACUCCGUCGACUUUACAUCUUUGAUCAGUCUGCGCCACAAAUUCAAUAAGCAUAUCGAUGGUUCAAGAGAGAUGCACAGAAACGAAAUUCCGAAGUUGACACUGCUUCCCUUCUUAUUGAAGGCUGUUUCGCACGCCUUUUUGGAACACCCCAAGCUGAAUGCUCAGCUAGACACAGAGACAAAUCCGCAAAAGCCCCAGCUGGUGAUUAAAGCAUCUCAUAAUUUCGGCAUGGCCGUUGACACACCCAACGGUCUUCUGGUUCCGGUCGUUAAAGAUGUUCAGAACCUGUCCAUUAUUUCCAUCGCAGCUGAGAUCAAACGACUGAGUGCACUGGCACAGGAAGGCCGUCUGUCUCCAUCGGAUAUGAGCGGGGCUACUUUCACUGUGAGCAACAUUGGAAGCAUUGGUGGUUCUGUCGUCAGCCCUAUAAUCAUUCCUCCCACUAUUGCCAUUGUUGCAUUAGGAAAGAUGGAAGAAGUGCCUGUCUUUUCUAAGGAUGAAGGUGGAAUCAAUUCAUUGAUUACAAAGCGCGAGAGAUCGGUUCUAAGCUGGAGUGCUGAUCAUCGAGUUCUUGAUGGUGCUGCUGUUGCACGAUGUGCUCAGCUUGUGGCUAGAAUUUUAGAGGAUAUUGAAACCAUGGGAAUUUCACUGCGCUAG